GCUGGCUUUGUUGGUUUUGUUUUUAAACAAAAUGAUUAAAAUGUGUCUGUUGUGAUAUAUACAUGAACCUAGCCUCGUUUUCAAAUUGCUACGUUGAAUAUAAACUCUGGGUGAAAGUGAGUGGUAUCAACUAUUGAUUUACAGCAUUGAUUUGUAGUUAAGGGCCCGCGUAUUGUGCUGUAACGUUGAUUCUGGAGUGCUCAAUUCAAUCGAUCUCACUGUUCGAUCAUUUCAAUUUCUCAUCAAGAGUGAGAUGUUUUGAUUUCAUCUUGUCCCACGUUUAGUUGGCAUGAACAGAGAAAUGUAACAAGUUGACAUUCUUCAUUUUUGUUUCGUUGUUGUUUUUUUCCCCCCAAAAAAGCAGCGGUUCCUUUGACUAAGAGUCACAGUGUGCAAGACGUUAGAAGUAGCAAUGGGAAACAAGGAAUCUUCUUUCUCUGAAGCCCAACUUGAGGCUUACCAGGACUGCACAUUUUUUACCAGAACAGAUAUCCUUAGAGUGUUCGAUAGAUUCCGAGGCUUAGCACCAGAUCAAGUACCCUACAACAUGAGCUACAAUGAAAGUUCGAUGGUUAAGAUUCCACUCGAUGUCUUGGAAAACAUGCCAGAACUGAAGGAAAAUCCAUUCCGCAGACGUAUCUGUCAGGUGUUUUCUGAUGACGGUACAGGAGAUAUGGCAUUCGAUGACUUCCUUGAUAUGUUUUCUGUCUUCAGUGAAGCAGCCCCGAGAGAAAUCAAAUCAGCAUAUGCCUUUAAAAUAUAUGAUUUUGAUGGUGACAAUUUUCUAGGCAGGUCAGAUUUAGAAACAACUCUGAAAGCAUUGACUCAAAACUCUUUGAAAACUGAAGAGGUCAAGUUUGUUUUAGAUCAGGUUCUAGAAGAAACAGACUUGGACAGUGACGGAAUGUUGUCUUAUAUAGAGUUUGAACAUGUCAUUUCAAGAGCUCCAGACUUUCUAACGACAUUUCACAUCAGAAUAUAGCAACCAGUGGAAGAGAGAGAGACUACUGUACGAUACACAAGCAAGUUUACGUCAUUCAACUUUCAUGUCAAGAGAAAUAAAAGUCUACACGUUU